AUGGUGCAAAAUGACAAUGGAUCUCUCUUUUCUCUAUGUGUUCACUCAUUAUGUAUGGCUAUUGAGGGCUACAUCAGGAUUAAGAUCACAGGUCCAUGGAGAGCGAAGAUACAUCUGUAUCUCUCGUUACCAACGCUAAGACGGUUCAUGUUCCUAAGCAGGGAGUGUCUAUCUCUUGUCACCAGCAUGAAAGUUGAGGCAAUGUCCAUGAAUCUGGACGAUAACACCUUAACUGGGCAUAGAAAGGAUGCCGUCACCAUCAGAAUCUCACGGAGAAUAAAAACACCAUACCUCAGUUGUUUUAUAACGCACUUCGACCUACAGUUCUUGGAUUUGGAAGAUGGAGGAUGUUUUGUAGCGCGGGAAGUGAUGGAGGAUAAACAUAAAGUCGUCAAGGUUGGUGCAAAUUACUCACAAGAAACGAGAUAUUCAGCUGCUCUUCGUGUUUUUGUACAGUUUACGAAAUGGAUUAAAACCGAGGGUUUGCAUAUUACAAUGUCGCCAACAGAUGCAGAAAUCAAACGGAUGCAUGCGAUUGUACCUAUUGGACGAAAAUUCUCUUGCUGUAGCCUGGUGAUAAACGAAUAUACGCAACUAGAAGACGAUGGUUAUGUAGUGGACCACGACUUCUUCGAUUCAGAAGUGGCGAAAUACGCGCCGUCUAUGAAUAUUCAUGGAAUGACAGAAAUCACUGAUGAGCAAUUGCUGCUUCUUCAAGCCGAUACACUUUUUGUUGCUGGACCUUCUAUUACCCCACAUGCAAUCAAUCGGAUUAUAUGGCAAUGGUUUGAAGGAAAACGGAAAAUUUCUCAAAUGUUCUUCGACGCAAUCAAGGAUCAUGCGGAAGAGACGAUUUUGAUGGGUUUUGAUUCGGCUGAUUUUCUCAAUCCAGAUCUGCUCCUCGACAUUGUCACCGAAAUCGCACAAUGGAGAGUACGCGAGGCUUCUCGCCCAUGGGUCGGUCUCCGAAACAAAGAUGGUCUUGUGAUUAUGGUGAAAAUUGGAAGACAUUCCUGCAAUUUGGUGAACUUGGAGCUGAACUGA